CACAAUUAAAUGCAUCUGUAUCAAAUACACCAAGUUUAAAUUCUACUGGUUCCACUUCAACAGCAACAUUAUCAAUAACGACAUCACCUAAUGUAAUGUCAAUAAAAGAUUAUGUCAACGUGAUUUACGAUAGUAUCGAAAAGUUCUGUGCCAAUACAUUUAAAAAUGUUAUUUUAAAAAAUGACAUUGAUUAUUUCAUACAGUUAACACCAUCACACACGUAUGUUGAUGGGUACAUUAAAUGUAGUUGUAAUUCAAGAAUAAAAAUGAUUUUUCGUACAAAUACAAAUUCAUAUCAACUUUCUUCCUAUUUCAAGCAUAUAAAACGUAGUCGUUGUCGGAUGAUGAAGAAAAAACAAGAACAAUCAAAUAAACUUUCUGAAAAAAUUGAUGAUGUAUCAGACAACGUGGCACAAAACAACGAUUGGCACAAUAUUGAUAAUUGUAGUGCUAGUGAUCAAGAAAUGUUAAAUGAUGAAAACGAUAGUUUUGAUAUUAUAAAUAACAACUACACAACAAAAAAAUCGUAUUCUCCGCCAAGAAAACGAUUAUCUUCACUUUCAUCGACUUCUGAUAUUUUUUUCCAUUACGUUAUACCUAUGGCUACUUUGGAAGAAGAAUUAUUACCGAUCCUCGACAAUGUUUCAUCAUAUUCCGGUGAUGCUUUUUAUAAACUUGUUAAAGACUAUGUUGGCAUAGUCGAAGGUGAAAUUUUAGAAAUUCAAUGCAUCAAAAACAUUCGAAUCUUGCUACGAAUACCAGAUGUCUUUUCGUUCUUUCAAAUGAACUCUAAAGAUAUUAUUAGUUUAAAACAAAGAGCUUGCAUUAUUGAUGAUGAUAUGAGUUAUGUUGUACGAGCAGGAAUUAGAUCAAACAUAGAGCAAUUUAUUGAGUUGUUAAAACAAUUUCAUGAAUCAAAAUCAAAUAAUAGCAAUUUUCCUUCUCAAACAACAACAUCCAUCGCUAUUAAACAAUCAGGACAAUGUAUAUGUCAUCAAUUGAACAUGAACCAAGAGAACGAAGGAUUCCAGUCGAAAUCCUUUAUGAACAUUUUCAUUAGAAAUAUUUUGAAUAACAUGGAAAGGCCUAGUAAUAAUUACCAUUUUGAUCCAAUGGUUAGUAAAUUUGCAUCAGCUCUGAGUAUAUUAUCAGGACAUAAUGCCUAUGAAUUUAUUCGACUAAAUUUGCCAGGUGCUUUACCAUCUGUCACCACUUUAAGAAAUUAUAAUCAAAGUAUAAGUUUACCAUUACAUGAAUGUGAAUUUCGGUUUAAUUCACUAAAAACUUAUUUGGACUCAAUUGAUUCAAGUUAUGUAUUUGUGUCAGAAGAUUGUACCAGUGUGAUCAGUUCAAUAUCUUAUGAUUCCGUAAAUGAUUGUUUUAUUGGAUUUUCUUCAAGAUUAUCGAAUGGUUUACCUUCAAUAAAUCAAUUCAGAACAAACAGUUAUAGUGAACUAGAGCAGUGGUUUGAAGAUUUUGAUAAAUCCAAACUAAUUAACGCUCAUUUAGUUGAACCAUUAUUAACCAAAACUUCAUCAUUAGUUCAUUCAAGGCCGUAUAUCGUUUCCGCAUAUGGGACCAAUAAUAAGGUUAAUUCGAUUGAGAUUUUUCGAAAAUGGAUACACAUGUAUAAUGCAUGUAAAAGUAAGAAAAUAAAUGUUGUUGGUUUUUCAUCCGAUUGCGAUCCUCGAUAUCUCAAAGCUAUGAGGUUAGCGUUGGGAUUUUUUGCUCGAGUACCCAACAUUGAAUUAUUAACAGGCGAUGCUAAUUUGUUUAACAUAAACAUUCCACGAACAUGGAGCUUUUUUUUUAUGAGAUCAAAUCAAGCAUUUCUUUGCAUGCAAGAUGGUGUUCAUCUUGUAACAAAGAUUAGAAAUCGUUUAUUAUCGAUAACUGCUACAUUGCGUAUUAAUGGUCAAGAUAUUAAUGUUAUUCAUCUUCUUGAUUUAAUAGAAAACUAUUCAAAAAUCGACCAUAAUCUAGUAAAAUCUGAUGUGCGUCCUCAUGAUCGACAAAACUAUUCCUCCUGUUUAAAAAUCACUUCUGAUGAUGUCUUGACUCUAUUAAAUCAAACGAAUACUAAAGCUACAUUUGUUUACUUAUAUAUAUUAAAAUUAAUAAUUCUCGCUUAUGUCAAAAAAGAUACUGAUAUUCUUAAUCGUUUAUAUUAUGGUUGGAUCGUUGUGUUUACGUACAGAAUGUGGUGGAGUAGUCUUAGAACCGAACAAAAUUUAUCACAAGUAGAGAAAGACAAUUGUUUCAUAACUAAAGCAGCUUGGAUUUCCUCAGAAAUAAACAUACAUUGCUUAACAUCAAUAAUUAUUUUAGUAUCAUCAGGAUAUUUACCAGCGUAUGCAUUAAAUGUACAUCUUUUCAGUAGCCAACCUUGUGAAGCAACAUUUCGGAGUGCUCGAUCGUUAAGUGGCACAUUUUCAUCAAUAACAAACUUCUCAGUAUUUGAAUUUAUGAAUAAAAUUGAAAAAAUUUCGAUUUUAAAUAAAAUAAAAUCCACCGAAGAAUCCAGCAACGCAACAUGUUCAAUCAAAUUUCCGGUUCAUCAUAAGAAUCGACGUAAUGAAUCACUUACACCGACGAACAAUCAAAAUUCACCACCGAUAACAACAGCUGAUAUUGAAAAGAUAAUUCUCAAAGCAUAUAAAAAAGCCGAGUCUAUCAUGAAUGAGUUAAAAUUAACUGAAACAUUAAAGAGGAAUGAAUUAAAUGAUAUAAAAAAGUUAAGCUCAUUUGUAUUUCAGGAGCUCAGUGAGCGAUUAAUUGUAGAUUAUUCUUUCGUGAAUGAUGAUGAUGUCGAGCAAAAUUCAGACGAUGAAGCAAGUGAUGCAAAUGAUAAUACGAGUGAAUGUUCCGAUGCCGAUUAUGAAUCAAACGAAAUGUUUUUUGAUAAUGAUAAUCAAAAUAUACAUAAUGUAAUAACUUCAAAAGAAACAUUUCAAGGAAUGAAAAUAUAUGAACAUGUAGAUCCAUCAAAAAUGCACAACUAUUUUACAACUUUGAUUAACAACGAAAAAAAAUUUAUUCAUAAACAAACAGCAGCGCGUUUAUUAACUAAAACAAAAAAUUCUUUACCGUCUAGCAGACUGUCACGAGUUCAACAAACUAAUACACAAGAAUAA